AUCAGCUGACACAGGGCACUCUACCUUCCCUAUUUUUCUUUAUAAUGCCGUAGAUGGCGUUCCAGUCGUAGUAAAGAACUUGAUUCAAGCACCUAGAAGGAUGGAUCAUCACAUUUGAAGAAGAAUGAAAGAAACAGGAAAAAUUUUCCCCACCAAAAUUUUGCCACAAAAGACGACGAAGAAGAAAGUCUCGAGCGUUUUUGCACCAGGUAACAGGUCAAAAUUUGAGGGAACUGACUGAGCGAUAAAAAGUUUCAGAGAUCAGAAGACGACGAGGGAAGCCCCGUGGGACCAAUCGGGAUAAAGGAGGGAGAGAGAGAGACGCCAUUAAUGGAGACGCCAUCGAUCUCUAUCCGGAGUUUGCGUAUAGAAUACCGAAGGAAGUUGGGGAGGGUGGCCUCCUUGCUCCUCGUGAUGCGGAGGAGCAACCCGUCGUGGGUUCUCUCUCCAUUUCUCUGCUUCUCCAGCUAAAUUGGCAUUUGCUUCUCUCCUAUUUAUACCUUUCUCCCAAACUGCAUGCGCCCACCACGCGCCGAGCCCAAGGUUUGCAGAGAUUAGGGGCUGAAGCUCACAUGGCGAGCGUGUUCGUGAUCGAGCGCGAGGAAGUGGAGUCGCUGGGGAAGAAGACGAGGCUCACGACCCUACAGCUGCUGGCCUCCCUCGUCCCCCAAGCCAAGUCCAAGGCCCGACCCCCCGUCUCCAACUACCGGGUCGGCGCGGUGGGCCUCGGAGCCAGCGGCCGCAUCUUCUUCGGCGUCAACCUCGAGUUCCCUGGCCUCCCUCUCAGCCAAUCCGUCCACGCCGAGCAGUUCCUCGUCGCCAACGCCGCCCUCCACGGCGAGUCCGCCCUCACCCACAUCGCCGUCUCCACCACCCCCUGCGGCCACUGCCGCCAGUUCCUCCAGGAGAUCCGCUCCGCCCCGGAGAUCAGCGUCCUCGUCACCGGAGACGGCGACACCGACGGUUCCGCUCACCCGGAUCCCGGCCCCGACGAUUUCCGCCGCAUCGCCUUUUUCCUCCCCCACCGGUUCGGCCCCCGCGACCUCCUCCACGGAGACGUCCCGCUCCUCCUCGAGAACCGGAACAACCGGCUCGCAAUCGCCUCCUCCGCCGCCGACUCCCUGCCGGUUGAGGAUCGCGACCUCCUGCACUCCGCCCUCCGGGCAGCGAACCGCUCCCACGCGCCGUACAGCGGCUGCCCCUCAGCAGUGGCGCUGAGGGCGAAGGGCGGGAGGGUGUUCGCGGGGUCGUACAUCGAGUCCGCGGCCCACAACCCGGGCCUCCACCCGAUUCAGGCAGCGCUGGUGGCGUUCGUGGCCGGCGGCGGCGGAGGGUACGAGGAGAUAGAGAGGGCGGUGCUGGUGGAGAGGAAGGGGGCGGUGGUGGCGCAGGAGGGCGUCGUCCGUCUGGUACUGGCCAGCGUGGCGCCGACCUGCUCCUUCUCCGUCGUUCACUGCCAGCCGCAAAUCAGCGUCGAUGGUGACGGCGACGCUCUCAACCACAACUGAACAAGUGGUGCCUCUUUGUCAUUGAUUUGAUUGAUUGUCCCUUCCCUCCUCCCUUCUUCUUCCUCCCCAUCCUCUCUACUUUUCAACAUAUCUUAUGACUAUCAUAAAAAAUGUCACUUGUCAUAUAUUAUAAUAGCAAGCCAUGUACCAAGACUAGGCCAAUUUGUUGGAACUUUUCCUUUUUUUUUUCCA